AUGGCCGCCGCACCCUGCACGCUCAACAUGGCCUCAGUCCUCCUCCUGCCGCUUCUCUUCUCCGUUCACUGGCCGGGCCGCAGCCACGCUUUCAGCCUCAUGAACUACCUCUGCAACAACGGCAGCUCCUACGCCCUUAACUCCACCUACCGCUCCAACGUCGUCGCGCUCCUCGGGUCCCUGUCCACCAACGCGUCCAGCUCCGCCGUAGGCUUCGCCACCGCCACGCUCGGCUACGCCCCAGACCAGACGUGGGGCCUCGCGCUCUGCCGCGGCGACGUCAACGGCAGCGGGUGCGCGUCCUGCCUCGCGCUCGCGCCGGACAUCGCCUUCGGCGACUGCAGGGGCGUCAGGGACGUGUCCAUCUACUACGACCGCUGCCUCCUCCGGUACUCGGACACGGACUUCCUGGCCAGCCCGGGCGAUGCAGCGGAGCUGGUGCAGUACGGCACCAACCUGCAGGUGAACGUCGCCGCCGACCCCGGUCGGUUCGUGGGGCUCGCGGCCGACCUCGUGGCGGCGCUGUCCGCCUGGGCGGCGCGGAACUCGACGGCGAGAUACGCCGCCGGGGUGGUGACCUCCGCCAAAGGGUUCACGACCACGGACAGCAACUUGGUGCACAACAUCUACGGGCUGGUGCAGUGCACGCCCAACCUGGCUCCCGAGGCGUGCCUGGCGUGCCUCGGCAGGCUCAAGGACGAGAUGCCGGCCGUGUUCAACGGCUCAACCGGCGGCCAGUUCAACGAGGUCUGGUGCAACCUGAGAUUCGAGGUGUUCCUCUUCUAUGACAGCAGCCCGGUAGUGAAGCUUGUUGCACCUCCGUUGACGCCGGCUCCGCCGGGUGCAGCAGUCCACGACGAUGCAAAGGGGACAAGGGGAACAGGAUAUGCAGCAACAGUAGUGGCCAUUGUUCUCGGGGUCCUAGUUGUCCUCCUCCUGUCCACGUUCAUGAUCUACCUCUGGAGAAAAGCACAAGUAAAACGAUAUGCGGAGGAAGCUGACGAUUCCGGGUCGCUCCUCUUUGACCUGGCAACACUGAGAAGGGCAACUGCAAAUUUUGCCGAAGAGAAUAAGCUUGGACAUGGAGGCUUUGGCGCGGUAUACAAGGUGUGGGAUCACUGGGUCAGAGGCACCGCGCUGGAGGCCGUGGACCCGUUCUUGGAUUGCCAGGCCCCGGAGACGGAGAGCGAGGAGAACCCGGCGGACCGCCCUACCAUGCUCGACGUCCUCGUCAUGCUGCACGGCCAGUCGUCAGGCGGCUUUGCGGCACCGUCGAAGCCGGCCUUCGCCUUUGCGUACGGGGAGACGAUGAGCCCUGAUGAGCGGCGUAACGUGUCUUUGAACGGGAUGUCCGUGUCGGAGUUCCAGCCAAGAUAG